AUGCAGCAGCAGCGGAGCCGCCCCCCCCUCUCAGAGCAGUUGCAGGGUGGAGCAGCAGACAGACGGACAGCAGCUGCAGCAGAACCCGGAGGAGAGAUGAUGGAUGGAGACUCGGCCCCCCCCAGAGAUGGCUCCGACCAGCAUGAGCAAAUGAUGAUGGGAGCAGAAAAGUCAGCUGAUGAAACUGUGAAGGCCUCCAGGACAACGGGAGGCACCAGAGCAGCCAAGAUGAUCUCAGCCAAGAGUACAGAGUCAGUGGAUGGAGUCAGUCCAGGAAGUCGUUCUCCGGCAAGUCGGUCCUCCACUCCAAACAGAGACGUCAAGAAGGUGGCUGUGGUCCGGACUCCUCCCAGGUCUCCCGGUCCUGCUCGUGGACGGACGCCUCCCCUAACCUCCCACCCUAUGCCUGACCUCAGUAACGUGAGGUCAAAGGUUGGAUCCACGGAGAACCUGAAACACACACCUGGAGGGGGCAAGGUUCAGAUUGUUAACAAAAAGUUGGAUCUUGGUAAUGUGGCGUCAAAAUGCGGCUCCAAAGACAACAUCCACCACAAACCAGGUGGAGGGAAGGUGGAGAUUAAAUCAGAGAAGGUGGCUUUUAAAGCGGUUCAGUCUAAAGUGGGUUCUCUGGAGAACGUCACUCAUGUUCCAGGAGGAGGGAAGAAGAAGAUUGAAAGUCAGAAACUGACCUUCAGAGAGCAGGCCAGAGCCCGAACCGACCACGGUGCUGACAUCAUCGUCCAGUCUGACUCUUCCCCUCAUCACCUUAGCAACACUUCCUCCCCUGGGAGCAUUAACGCUGCCGAAGCUCCGCCCCUUGACACCCUGGCCGACCAGGUGUCAGCCUCCCUUGCCAAACAAGGCCUGUGAUUGGACAAACCCUGUGCCUGCAGACCCCACCCCCUCCUGUUACCAAGGAAACUGCCUGAUGAAAGAAAGAAAAAAAAAUAUUCUGCCUUUUUCCUCAUGAGCAUCUUCAUCAAAGACGGGAUUGAAGGGGUUUUAUAAAGUGAAACAAACAAGCUUUAAACUUCAGUCAACAACCAAUCAAAGCUCUGUCUCACAGGUGAGUCCAUCCAGGUGUUCAGUUGUCACAGGAAGCAGCACUCAGACAGUUUAAUUAACACAUCUGGUGACUGUUUUCUCCAGAGUCAAACAAGAAGAUCAUCAUUUUCAUUCAUCCAGUACAGAAACAGAGCCAGGAAGUGAUUAGCCUAGCUUAGCACAAAGACUGGAGACAGAGGAAAACUGUUAGCCUAGGUCCAUUAAAAGACAAACUGAGAGAUCUUGUGAAGUUGUAGGGUUAGGGUUAAUGCUAAGCUAGGCUAGAAGUUCGCUCCUGCUUCCAGCCUUUCUGCUAAGCUAGGCUGAACACUGGAUCUAUUGCUAUUAUGGACUAACAAAAUGAAACUGAAGGUCUUGAGUCUUCGAGGAGGUUUUGAGGUCCUUGAAGAAAGUGUUCCAGAGUGUAGAGUGUUACAAGUGGGGUAGGGCAAUGCAAACACUGCAAUAGAAAAUGUUUUUAAGAAAACCUACAUACUAACAACCAAUCAGAUCACAGAAACAAAUACAUCUAACCAAUCAGAUGGCAUAGCCUACUGUGGGUUAAACCCAUCUUUGAGCCUGGCUCAGAAUCUCUGCCAUUGCUGCUGUUUGAUUCAGACACUUAGCUGCCCAAAGUCCACACUAGUGACUAGUGUGUCUCCAUGGAUCCUUGACAAGUUGGGAUCCUGGACAUCGGAAGUUUGACAGGAUUCCAGGUCAUCCUGGAGGAAGUUCCAGGAGUCCUUGAGGGGAAACUGAGAUCCAUCUUCUCGUCUGACUGGAGAAAACAGAGAACAUGCUAAUGGCUAAGUAGCCUGGAUUAGCCUGUUAGCUUCUUUCAUAAAAUCCCUCCAAUCACAGAAAGUCUCUCUGAUGUCACCUCUUUCAGCCAAUCAUCAUCUCUUCUAUGUUUCUGAAUGCUGAUGUGCUGUAGGUCCUUGUGAUGGCCCCCAACCACCCCACCUUAACCCCAUU